CUAUAUUGCUUCUCUCUUCUCUCUCUAGGGUUUGUUCCCAAAAUUCCUCAAAAAUGAUUGUACUGAAGAGUGCCGAUGGAGAAACGUUUGAGGUUGAAGAGGCAGUGGCUUUAGAAUCAGAGAGUAUUAAGCUUAUGUUUGGAGAUGACUGUGCUAACACAAGCAUCCCUCUGCCUAACGUGGCUAGCGAGAUCUUGGCUAAGGUUAUUGAGUACUGCAAGCGCCACGUGGAGGCUAAAGAUAAUAAGGUCUCUGAUGAGGAUCUCAAGUCUUUUGAUGCUGAUUUUGUCAAAGUUGACCAGAGUACCCUUUUCGAUCUCAUACUGGCUGCCAACUAUUUGAACAUAAAGAGCCUGCUUGAUCUAACUUGUCAGACAGUUGCAGACAUGAUCAAAGGGAAGACUCCCGAGGAGAUCCGUAAGACAUUCAACAUCAAGAAUGACUUCACUCCUGAGGAGGAGGAGGAAGUUAGGAGGGAGAACGCCUGGGCAUUUGAGUGAAUUUGAAUUUGUUAAGCCGUCCAUAUUCUGAUGAUUGAUUUGCAAUAUACUAGUAGAUGCUUUGAACAACUUUCAUGUUAGUAAAUAUGUGACUUUUGUUUCUCGGACCUUCGACUUUGUCAGUUGAGGGAGACUGUUAAACCUCUUUUGUGUGUUAUGACUUAUGUCAUGGUUUCUUAUGUUCUAGUAGAAAUUGAAGAUUGAAAUCAUGUUGGUAGCUAAUUUUCAUUUUCA